AUGAAUCCCGUUGCCCUCCUUUUUUUUUCUCUUCUCUGGGCCCGGGUCUUCGCCGUGAAAGAGUACCUUUUCAAAAACUGCGCUCAAUCCGGUUUCUGCCACCGCAAUCGCCAUUUGGCGACCCAGAAUUUCGAAAGUCCAUACUUCGUUGAUCCAGCAUCCAUUGUCCACGAAAAUGGCUCUGUGGCAGGAACAAUAUACAAAAAAUUGCCUCUGAAUGACGUGGUGGCCUUACCCUUUGAUAUUUCCUUGCUUGUGGGUGAUAGCGUACGCUUUCAGAUUGACGAAAACAGACAGCCUACCGGGCCGGCGCUGAAGUUGAAUCCAAGGCGAUUCCGAGCCGCUGAGACUGCGUUUGACGGCCCUGAAAACGAGAAACAACAAGUGCUUUCCAAAGAUCAAGUCAGUGUGCUGGAUAACGGCAUUGUGCUUGUUUAUGGCCCAGACAAUGAGUUCUCCGCCCGUCUUGACUUUGCACCUUUGAAGUUGGCUGUUUCUCGCCACGGGAAGGUCCAGGCAGUUUUUAAUGCCCGAAAAUUGCUCAAUAUCGAACACUGGCGGCCGCAGAAGGAAAACUCGGCCCACUUGUGGCCCUACGAGUCCGAAUUUGACAUGUUUUCCGACUCCUUUGGCGACCUGCGCGACGACACCAAACCGUUUGGCCCAGAAUCGGUCGCUGCAGACGUCAGGCUUAUCGGCUUUGACCAUGUGUUUGGGCUUCCGGAACAUGCUGACCUGUUCAGCUUGAAAGACACUACGGAUUCAGAAUGGCCGUACCGGCUCUACAAUGUGGACAUUUUCGAGUACGAAACAGAGUCCCGCAUGCCCAUGUAUGGCUCGAUUCCUUUAUUGGUUGGUGUCAAGCCCGAUGCCGCCGCAGGCAUAUUUUGGGUGAAUGCCGCAGACACUUUUGUGGACAUCAAAAAGGGACACUCCAACACUGACAAAGAUGCGGAAAAAAGCAAGGGCCACCAUUCUUUGGUCGACACACACUGGAUGUCUGAAACUGGAACUGUGGACAUCGUCAUCAUCUUGGCAGCGACACCAGAAGAAAUCAACGCCAAGUAUGGCCAGUUGACCGGCCACGUUUCGCUUCCGCAGGAGUUUGCUUUGGGCUACCACCAAUGCCGCUGGAACUACAACGACGAGAAAGAUGUCUUGGAUGUCCAUGCGCAGAUGGAUGCCCAUGGCGUCCCUUACGACACUAUCUGGCUUGACAUCGAGUAUGCCGACAAGAAAAAGUACUUUACGUGGGACAAAGAAGCAUUCCCCGACCCGGAGGGGAUGGCGGCCGAGUUGGCCCGAACGGGGAGAAACUUGGUGGUGAUUGUGGACCCACAUUUGAAAACAGGCUAUAGUGUGAGUGAAGGCGUAGAGAAGCUUGGUAUUUCGAUUAAGGACCGGGCCAACUCCACUUUCAAGGGCCACUGCUGGCCUGGCGAGUCUGUGUGGAUCGAUGCAAUGAACCCGAACGCCCAAGCAUACUGGGAUGAGCUUUUCCUGCCCGGCAGCGUUCUUCUUGGAGCAACAUCGAACGUUCAUCUCUGGAAUGAUAUGAACGAGCCGUCUGUCUUCAGCGGACCAGAAACCUCCAUGCCCAAGGACACACUUCACUGGGGAGAUUUUGAGCACAGAGCUGUACACAAUGCUUGGGGCCAGCGGUUCCACGAACUUACUUUCGAGUCGCUUGAGAAACGCACACAAUACAGCAAGCGGCCGUUUAUUCUCACACGUUCGUACUUUGCGGGAUCCCAGCGCUCGGCUGCAAUGUGGACAGGCGACAACAUGGCCCGCUGGGAGUAUCUUCGGGCGUCGUUGCCCAUGGUGCUUACUUCCAACGCCGUGGGAAUGCCUUUCGCCGGAGCAGACGUGGGAGGAUUCUUUGGCGACCCGUCGAACCAAUUGCUCGUGCGGUGGUACCAGACUGGGCUCUUCUAUCCGUUUUUCCGGGCUCACGCUCACAUCGACUCCAGAAGAAGAGAGCCAUGGAUUCCAGGCGAACCGUUCACGUCGCACAUCCGAGAUGCGGUACGUUUGCGCUACCGCUUGUUGCCUACGCUCUAUACGCUUUUCCACGACGCCAGUGUAACAGGAAGUCCCGUGUGGAGACCUAUGGUUUGGGAACAUCCAGACUCCGAUUGCUAUGAUGUCGAGGAUCAGUUUUAUCUUGGGCAAUCGGGCCUUCUUGUGAAACCGGUGACUGAGGAAAACGCCAACAGCGUCGACAUUUUCUUCCCUGCUAAUGAACGUUAUUACGACUUCACCAGUGGACAUGUGGCUGAUGUGCCACCUGUCGCUUUAUCUGAAGCAGGAAAGCUUUCGCGCACAGUGUCGCUCGAAGACAUACCGAUGUAUGUGAAGGGUGGUUCUGUGUUUGCCUUGCGUGAUCGGUACCGGCGCUCGUCCAAGCUCAUGAAGGCUGAUCCGUUCCACUUGGUUGUGGGCUUGGAUGCAAACGGUGUGGCUUCGGGGAAGUUGUAUCUCGACGACGGAGAGUCGUACGAUUAUAAGAACGGUCAGUACACUGAAACCAAGUAUGAGAUGGUGGCAGGUCAGUUGAAGAGCCAGGUGAAUGGCGAUCCAAACUAUGCUCUACUGCUGAGUCUUCGUAUUGAGAAGAUAACCAUCUUGGGCGCUCAGGAUAUCAGCAGUAUCGAGGCGAAACAAGACGGCCGUCUGUGGUCUGUGGAAUUUGUUCAGCACAAACAUUAUGUGGAGAUAUUGAACCCACGAGUCGGAGCUGCAGCAAAUUGGACCAUCAAUGUGGUGCAUAUGCCAAGACAUGAGAAAGACGAACUCUAG